AUGCUCACUUCACAACAGACAAAUCCGACUGACUGGGCUGUGGGUUCCAAUGCUAGCUCAAAAAGUCAUGUGGUCUGUAGAAACGAGGUGCUGCAGUCCGCAAACAACCAAUAUGUAGUCAUUCAGUUUCUCGGUAAAGGUUCUUUCGGACAGGUUGUUAAGUGCUGGAAGAAAGAAACUAACGAAUUUUACGCAGUCAAAAUUCUCAAGGAUAAGUUUGCUGAAAGCAAGGAGGCUCGAAACGAAUUCAAUAUGUUGUCCAGAGUCAACGUUGACUCAAAGUUAUACUUCGUAGAGGUAUUUGAAUGCUUUCAGUAUAAUCAGCACACGUGCAUUGUAACUGAACUGUUGGAGCAAAGUCUGUUUGACUUCGUCAAACAUCAAAAUUUCAACCCUCUACCACUUUCAGUCGUCAAGAUCAUACUGCGGCAGCUUCUGCUUGGAUUGAAUGUACUCAAGCACCUACACAUCAUUCACACCGAUAUGAAACCGGAGAACAUCAUGUUGGUGAACCACGCCAAAGAGCCUUACAAGGUGAAAAUAAUUGACUUCGGAAUGGCUAUCAACGUGAAAGACGCAGCGUGCAAUACAUAUUUGCAGACGCGUCCUUUCCGGGCUCCCGAAGUCAUCCUGGGGGCUCCUUUCUCUGAGGCAGUGGAUAUGUGGUCUCUUGGGUGUAUUGCUGCAGAACUCUACCUCGGCUCUCCUUUAUACCCUGGUCUAUGCUCCUACGACCAGAUUAGGUUCAUCUGCGAUGUUCAAGGAUUGCCCCCCGCGGACUUGUUGUCUCGCGGUUUGAACACUGUCGAGUUUUUCCGCCAGGAAUUGAACAAUGGCACCAGUUCUUGGCGGUUACAAACUAAGCAGGAAUACGAAAAGUCUACAAGCAUCGAACCUAAGGAAAACCGACUCUUCAAGUUCCAGAGCUUAGACGAAAUUGGAGAAUUUCGAAUUCGGGAAGAUAUCACCGAUGACCAGUGGCUGGUCGAGGCAGUUGAGAGAAAGAGAUUUGUGGAACUUCUGAAGCAGGUGCUACAAAUGAACCCC